AUAUGAUUCAACUGAUGUGGAGAUAAAGGCAUAGAAACACAUAAAAAGCAAAGAAAUGCUUCUUUUCUUCUGUCUUUGUUGAAUCAUCAGACUCCUGGAAGAGAGCGUUUGCUUUGUCUGGACAUCCAGAAUGAUGAAACUGAGUGUUUUCCUUCUGCUGCUCCUGCUGACGAUGAGCUUGGCUUCCACUUACAAAAACUUGGCCUUGCGUGGAAAAGCUACUCAGUCAAUCCGUGGUAACCACGAUCUGUCAGGUGCCUCCAACGCAAUUGAUGGAAACCGUGAUUCUACCGCCUCACACGGAUCGUGCACACAUACUGCAGAAGAGUCUAACCCCUGGUGGAGAGUGGACCUGCUGGAGUCCUACAUCAUCACCUCCAUCACCGUCACCAACAGAGGAGACUGCUGUGCGGAAAGGCUCAACGGACUGAGCAUCCACGUAGGCAACUCCUUGACCAACAACGGCUUGGAUAACCCAAAGGCUGGUACAAUUGCUGCUGCUGGUCUAGGAGAAUCAGUCACUGUGAAUUUCAGUGACCGUGUUGAGGGACGUUAUGUGAUUUUGGCUCUAUCUGGUGAAAAACGGAUCCUUACGGUCUGUGAAGUGGAAGUCUACGGGUACCAUGCCCCAACAGAUGAGAAUCUUGCCCUCCAAGGAAAAGCCACACAGUCAACAGUAUUUUCAUCUGGCAUACCAUAUAAUGCCAUAGAUGGGAAUCGUGAAAGCAGCUGGGACAUGGGCUCCUGCACUCACACGGACAGCAUCAUGAGCCCCUGGUGGCGACUGGAUCUGCGCAAAACACAUAAAGUGUUUUCUGUCAAGGUAGCCAACAGGGACACAUUCUCAGAACGACUCAAUGGAGCCGAGAUCCGCAUUGGAGAUUCUCUUGUCGACAACGGCAACAACAACCCCAGGUGUGCUGUGAUCACAAGUAUCCCGGCAGGUGCUGUCACGGAGUUCAAGUGCAACGGGAUGGACGGCCGCUAUGUUAAUAUCGUCAUACCUGGCAGAGAAGAGUUCCUUACUCUGUGUGAGGUUGAGGUGUACGGCUCAAGGCUGGAUUAGGCCGUAUGCCUACUCAAAAAAAAAAAAAAAAUCACAGCUUAAGCUUCACUAUGAUCAGAAAAAAUAUAACAUGUAGAGAAACAAGAGGCCCAAUAUAAACCCAUUGAAUUCAUUCUCCCCGCUUAGUAAAUCACCAGAUGUUUCUACUCUAAGCAUGACAUUGGGAAUUUAGCGAAAGGUUGUUGAAACGCCAUUGAAGUUAGUUCUAAUGGGUCAGGUUUUAGGGCCGCUACUUGGUAUAUAAUAUCAUGAUAAUUUAUACAAAAUAGUACCUUGGAAGAUAAAUAUAGUGCAAUUCUAAAAGCACAUCUCUUCCCUCAGUUCAUUGUGUAACUGCAAUGUCAGCCAGCCUACACUAUAUUCCAUGUUUGGCCUUGUUUCAGUUCCUAAUGCUGUUGCUGAGUAAUAUUACUGAACUGUUGAUUUACCGCCACUCUACCUGCUGCAAGAUAAAUCUCUGUAUGGAACCAGCAAUGAAAUACUAUUAAAUCACUUAUGCAUC